AUGGCCGGCGCCUCCUCGAGCUGCUCUGCCGCCUGCUGCGGCUUCUCCAUCCGCGCGGCGCUCCUCGCGUCGUCGCUCGUGUGCGCCGCGUGCCUCUUCGGCUCCGUGGAGGCUUCGGGGGCGGCGCACAGGGUGGUCGACCCCGAGUGGCACCCGGCCACCGCCACCUGGUACGGCAGCGCCGAGGGCGACGGCAGCGACGGCGGCGCGUGCGGGUACGGGACGUUGGUGGACGUGGUGCCGAUGAAGGCGCGCGUGGGCGCCGUGAGCCCCGUGCUGUUCAAGUCCGGUGAGGGCUGCGGCGCCUGCUACAAGGUCCGGUGCCUCGACCACGGCAUCUGCUCGCGCCGCGCCGUCACGGUCAUCGUCACCGACGAGUGCCCCGGCGGGGUCUGCGCGGGCGGCCGCACGCACUUCGACCUCAGCGGCGCCGCGUUCGGCCGCCUCGCCGUGGCCGGCGCCGGCGGCCAGCUGCGCAACCGGGGCGAGAUCAACGUCGUGUUCCGCAGGACGGCGUGCAGGUACGGGGGCAAGAGCAUCGCCUUCCACGUGAACGAGGGCUCCACUAGCUUCUGGCUCUCCCUCCUGGUGGAGUUCGAGGACGGCGACGGCGACAUCGGAUCCAUGCAGCUCAAACAGGCCAACUCGGCGCAGUGGCGAGACAUGCAGCACGUCUGGGGGGCCACGUGGAGCCUCACCCCGGGCCCGCUUGUCGGACCCUUCUCCGUGCGGCUGACGACCCUGUCCGGCAAGCAGACCCUUACGGCCCAGGACGUCAUCCCCAAGAACUGGGCCCCCAAGGCCACCUACACCUCCCGGCUCAAUUUCGCGUAG